UCCUGAUUCCACAUGCCAGGAAGAUGGAGACACAUUUGCUGAUACUGGGAUUACUCUCAUUCAUCAUGGUACCCAGUUGUCUGACAGAGAUGUGUAUGGACAGCCCACCAAAAGUUGCCUAUGCCACAUUUAAAGCCUCUGCCUAUAAGAAUGGCACCAUCCUAAACUGUGAAUGCAAGAGAGGUUUCCGAAGAACAAAGGAGUUGGUCUAUAUGGUUUGUUUAGAAAACUCCUGGAGCAGAAGCUGUCAGUGCACAAGCAACUCCAACAGCAACACAAGAAAGCAAGUUACACCUAAACCCGAAGACCAGAAAGAGUGGCAAACCACAGAAAUGCAGAAAUCAACUCAGUCUGUGCACCAAGGGAACCUUCCAGGUCACUGCAGGGAGCCCCCUCCAUGGGAACAUGAAGAUACCAAGAGAAUCUAUCAUUUCAUGGUAGGACAGGUACUUCACUAUGAGUGCAUUCAAGGAUACAAGGCCCUACAGAGAGGUCCUGCCAUGAGCAUCUGCAAAAUGAUCUGUGGGAAGACAGUGUGGACUCAGCCCCAGCUCACAUGUGUAGAUGAAAGAGAACACCAUCAGUUUCCAGCCAGUGAAGAACCUCAAGGAAGCAGCGACCCUUUUCCUGAGAGUGAGACUUCCUGUCCCAUCACCACAACAGACUUCCAGCUCCCCACAGAAGCAGCUACUACUAUGGAGACAUUCAUACUUACAGUGGAGUAUCAGAUAGCAGUGGCCAGCUGUGUCUUCCUGUUCAUCAGCAUCCUUCUUCUGAGUGGGCUCACCUGGCAACAUAGAUGGAAGAAGAGUAGAAGAACCAUCUAGAAAACUCAGAGCAGUUGGAGGCCAAGAGAAGCAGAUGGGAAUCAUGAAGCUCAAGGAAAUCCAAGAAGUUAAACACUUCUCUAGAGGUGUCUCCUGCUGAUCCCUUGGGUUCUAGAAAGUUCUGAAGUCACAGGACAUAACAGAACAUCAGAAAACUUGGACUCCAUCACUAAACUGGACUUUGCCAUUGGAGAGUGGGAUCUAACCAUUUUAAUGUCUUUAAUGGGAGAGAGGGCCCAACAGCACUCUGUAUGCUCUGCUCUCAUGUACAUAUGUUGAUGAAAGCUAGUGUGGCGUGGACACUGUUCAUGUCAUAUAUA